CACACUGGGCUUGCGGUCCACAAACAUCCACACCCAAAGCUUUUUAUUAAUUUUUUUCUCUCUUUUGGAAUGGUCUCUAAGAUCACUGAGAUACUGUUACCACCGCAGGGAUAACAUCAAAGCUGCAAGUUCCUCAGCAUCUCAAAGGUGAGGAAGGGUAAGGCUAAAGGCUAUGCCUGGACUACCAGAGAACAUCCCCCUUGGGGAGUGCACCCUGCACUCCCAGUCCCAGGAGCAGCUCACUCCCCAGACAGAAAGCACCGUGUUCAGCCUGUCCCGUAGCGAGUCCCUCUGGACCAACGAGUCGGCCCGCAGCACAUGUGAGAUCUACUGGUUCCCAUUCCACCUCAUGUCCACUGGGGGCAGCAUCUUUGCCUGCGGCUUCAUCCUGAGUGGCCUGUAUUUUGCUGGCUACUGCAGGAAGGCCACCAACAUCCUGGGCCCGGCCUUGGUAUCCAUUGGCCUGAUGGUGCUGGUGGUGGGCGUGGUGCUGAUCCCCAUCACCAAGGAGAACAGGAAGCAGCCCACCAUGAAGAAGCCCUUCAGCUACUACAGGCAACCAGUCUUUAAAUUAUGAAGUGGGCCGGGCGGGGUAUCCCUGUCUUGUAUGCUGUGAUCCUGGAUAGUCCUCAGGCUCAAAGUCUGGUUGUCAGACCAUUUAGUUUCCCAAAAGCACAAUGGAGGAUUUGAUACUUACCUGUUGAGCAUGGCUACACGUUCACAUGAUGCAUGUUUGCUCUAAAGACAAUUAACUUGUAGGGGAACAUGAACCAUUCUACCUUCUUCCACCACUACGGAUGUAUACAGUAUUUUAAUAUCUGCAUGACAAAGUAUACAUUAUAACCAAGUUACAGGUGGUUCUUUGGCAUUUGUUCUUAAGCAUUUGAAAGUACUAGAAAAUUACCAUGCUGCCAAAUAACACAAUUAUCAAUGUAGUCCACUGCUUUUAUGCAUAAUUGAGAAGAAAGGUGUGUGCAUGUACAUUGAUGAGAGCAGGAUUGAGUAUUGACCGCAUGCCUUUGUGGUAGGCUACUGAUUCAUGAAUAAUUAAAUAAAUAACACAAGUGCUUAUUUUGGUUGGCCUAGUGGUUAGAGUGUUGGACUAGUAACCGAAAGGUUGUAAGAUCGAAUCCCUGAGCUGACAAGGUCAAAAUCUGUCGUUCUGCCCCUAAACAAGGCAGUUAACCCACUGUUCCUAGGCUGUCAUUGAAAAUAAGAAUUUGUUCUUAACUGACUUGCCUAGUUAA